AUGGCUUACAAGACCGGAAACGGCAUAAUGACUGGAAUGGUCUUUGCGACCUGGCUGACUGCCAUCAUGCUACGCCUCUACUGUCAGUGGGAAAAUCGCCAACGGGAUUUGGGGCGAAGGAAUUACUUGUUGGAAGGACUAUCGCCAACCGAGGAGGUGGAAUUGAGUUCCAAGCACCCGGCUUUCCGUUACAUGGUCUAA